AUGGUGAAGGACGAAGUAAAGAAGGCCCUCGAGAGCGUGCAGAAAGCCGUCCAGGGCGAUCUCAAUGGCACUGGACAAGCCCACGUUGACUUGCUUGAGACCAUCCGCAAGCUGAGUCUGGCGGUUGAAACCCCAGCCGAGACUCUGAUGCGAAUGCGGUUCGAGCCUCUACAAAGCGCUGCAAUUCGGCUAGCUUUAGAAACUGGUGUGCUGGAUGCUAUCUCCUCUCUAGGCGGCAAGAAGGUCACGGCCGAUGAGCUUGCAGACUUGACAAAGUACCAUGCUCUUCUCAUCGCUCGCAUUAUGAGGCUGGUAACCUGGGCUGGUGUGGUCGAUGAAGUAGGCGAAAAUACUUAUGCAGCAAAUGAAAUGACACGCCUUAUUGUCUCGCCUGGACUCUCUGGCGGAGAAAAGCACCAUUUUGACUUAUUCUUCCCAACUGGCGCCAAGUUGAUGGAGUACCUGCACGAGACCAAGGUUCACCAGUUUCCUAAAGAUGAUGAGAUCAGUGCGUUUCAGUACGCACACGGUAAGAAACUUUGGGAAUACUUCGAUGCCGUCCCGGAGCAGAGGAAGUACUUCGACGAUUACAUGGCUGUUAGGCGAGUUGGUCUUGUGAAGUGGUUCCAGACAUAUCCUAUGGCGGAGAUUCUUUGUCCUGCAGCCAAAAGGGAUGCCAAUGCUGCCUUAUUUGUAGACGUAGGUGGAAAUUGGGGCCAUGAAGUUGAGUCUUUUCAUGAAGCGUACCCAGACGCUCCAGGACGUUUGAUCUUGCAGGACCUUCCCCAAACGAUCGAAAAGGUUCGCAGAGAGAAUCCACCUAAAGAUGUCGAAUGUAUGGAGUAUGACUUCUUCCAACCCCAACCAAUCAAAGGGGCUCGGGCAUAUUACUUCCGUAAUAUCUGCCAUGAUUGGCCCGACGAGCAAUGUCAAAUCUUCCUAAGUAACACGGCUCGGUCAAUGGAGGAGGGAUAUUCUCGACUCCUCAUUGACGACUACGUAUUGAACGACGUCCAAGCCCCCAUCCGUGCUGCGGCCAUGGAUCUUUUGAUGAUGCUGUUCUGCUCUGGCAUUGAGAGAACGCGCCACCAAUGGGAGAUUUUGCUUGAUCGGUGUGGUCUAGAGAUCGUUAAAGUCUGGGGGACACGCAGUGACUAUGAGCAAGUUAUUGAGGCGAGGUUGAAGGAAUGA